AUGCUCCAGCCGCAGCUCCAGCUGUGCAAGGUCACCAACGCGCUUUUCAUCAGCAACGCACGCUCGGCCUGCACUGACGACCUCAUCCAGCAGGAGGCAGUGACGCUGUGCAUCAACGUGUCCAAGCAGCAGCCCUUCCCCGAGUCGUCACGCAUCGCUGUGCUGCGUGUGCCUGUCUACGACGACCCCACUGAGGACCUGUACCGCUACUUCGAUAGCUGUGCAGACGCUAUCCGGGACGAGGCAUCCAAGGGAGGCCACACCGUCGUCUAUUGCAAGAACGGCCGCAGCCGCUCGGCCACCAUCUGCGUGGCGUACCUCAUGAAGUACCGCAAGCUCUCAUUGGCUGAGGCGUUUACGAAAGUGAGGACUUCACGCUCAGUGGUGGACCCCAACUCGGGAUUCUGGGCCCAGCUGGAAAGAUAUGAGCAAGAGCUGAGAAAGAGGCGGGGGGAGGUGGACAACGCCCCAACCUAA